AUGAUAAUGAAGAUGAAUGCGGUCUCAAAGAGAGAGAUCGAGGAGAUUUUUCUGGUGAUUCUCCUCCGAUUCCCCCCACUGAAACAAUUGAGGGAGAUUUCUGUUAUAUCCCCUGAAGUUUGUUACAGGUCUGGUUUAUGUCAUAGGAGCAGGAUCAAAAGUGCUGCAUAUCCUGCAAUGGGCACCAUAAACCAAGUGAAGCCAAUGACACAACCUUCGAAUUGGAAAUCUGUUAGAACAGUGAAAAAGGAAUCCAUGGAGAAUCUUACUGAAACCGGCUUUUGUAAUUUCCCUUUUCUUUUGUUUGGUUGUAAUAACUUUGUACGGUCUCGUAGUGAGUUGUAUACAAGUACUGUAGGUCGAAUUGCACUAGUGAACUAUGUACAAUGA